AUGUUCACCUUCACCCCGUUGCUCGGGGCUCAGUCCUCAGAUUCAAGAGCCUCGCAGUCUAUUCUUGAGCUGGACGGUGGAAUUAAGAUUCUCAUCGACGUAGGAUGGGAUGACUCGUUUGACACUCGUGACUUGGUUGAACUCGAGAAGCAUAUUCCAACACUCUCUCUGAUUCUCCUCACACACGCGACCCCGGCUCAUAUCGGUGCUCUGGUCCAUUGCUGUCGGACGUUUCCUCAGUUCACCCAGAUCCCAAUUUAUGCGACAAGUCCAGUGAUCGCAUUCGGUCGAACUUGCUUGCAAGACCUUUACUCAUCAUCGCCACUUGCAGCCACUUUCCUUCCAAAAUCAUCGAUCUCAGAGUCCAGCGCAUCGUCGGUACCUUCUGCAGGUGGCUCAACGGCAGAAGCUGAUGAGAGUUCCGAAGCCACCGGCAGCUCGGGACGAAUCCUUCUUCAGGCACCUACGACUGAGGAGAUUGCGAGAUACUUUUCGCUCAUUCAGCCUCUCAAAUACUCUCAGCCCCAUCAGCCUCUUCCGUCUCCCUUUUCGCCGCCUCUCGAUGGCCUCACUCUCACGGCCUAUAACGCAGGACAUACGGUUGGAGGAACAAUAUGGCACAUUCAACAUGGGAUGGAGUCUAUUGUAUACGCUAUGGACUGGAACCAGGCACGAGAAAGCGUCGUAGCAGGUGCUGCAUGGUUUGGUGGUUCUGGUGCAAGCGGCACGGAAGUCAUCGAGCAGCUGCGAAAGCCGACGGCCCUCAUCUGCAGCACGAAGGGGGCCAGUAAGCUGGCAGUGUCUGGGGGUCGGAGGAAAAGAGAUGAUCUGCUGCUUGACAUGAUUCGGAGCAGUUUGGCAAAAGGUGGCACUGUUCUUAUCCCGACCGAUACAAGCUCUCGUGUUCUUGAAUUGGCAUACGCUCUUGAGCACGCUUGGCGCGCCGCAUCAAGUGACGACAGGGGCGAUGUUCUGAAGGGCGCCGGACUGUACCUGGCCGGAAGAAAAGUCAAUACCACAAUGAGGCUUGCUAGGAGUAUGCUUGAGUGGAUGGACGAGAACAUCGUGCGCGAGUUCGAGGCAGCCGAAGGCGCUGACGGAGUAACGGGCCAAAAGGCCGGUGGGCAAGGGCAAGACAAGGGAGCCGGCAAAGGCGUCGGCCCUUUCACGUUCAAGCACCUCCGAACCAUCGAGCGUAAGAAGCGCCUCGAAAAGCUUCUGGCCCAAGAGGGGCCCAAGGUCAUUCUCGCCUCCGACACCUCUCUCGCCUGGGGAUUCUCCAAAGAGUCUCUUCGGCAAAUCGCCGAUGGUCCUAAUAACCUCCUUCUAAUGACCGAGUCUUUCCGCGAAGAGAUGCGAGAAGACACCAAGGAGCCUGCUGGUACAGUGUCGCUUGGGAAAACGAUAUGGCAAUGGUACGAAGAACGCAAAGAUGGAGUUGCUCUCGAGCAAGGACCAGAUGGAGAAUUACUCGAGCAGGUUCACAGUGGGGGUAGGGAGCUGGCAUGGACAGAAGUGCAGCGUGUACCUCUCGACACAAGAGAUCAACUGCUCUAUCAGCAAUAUUUGGCAACCAAGCGCCAGCUUCAAGAUACUUCACAGGCACGAGGACAAGAAGGCCUUGAAAACGUUGCCGAUGCACUAGACGAUCGGUCUAGCUCUACCUCUUCCGAAGAGUCCGACUCGGAGCAGCAAGGCAAAGUCCUUAACUUUUCAACCACGCUGGCGCACUCAAAUCGGAGCAAACUAGCCUUGACUGACGAGGAUCUUGGUAUCAACAUCUUGUUGCGGCGGAAAAAUGUUUAUGACUAUGAUGUUCGAGGCAAAAAAGGCCGCGAGCGUAUGUUCCCAUAUGUUACCACGCGCAAGAAGGGUGACGAGUAUGGAGAAUUUAUUCGGCCGGAAGAAUACCUCCGUGCUGAGGAACGCGAGGAAAUCGACAUGCAACAAAGACAGUCCGAUGCGCACACUAGGCCGGGCCAAAAGAGGCGAUGGGAUGAAACGGCUGGUUCUGGCGCACGGCAAACAUCCGACAACAUUCGAGCCCGAAAGCGUCAAAAUCCCGUCAAUGGCCAAAACGGUGGAGCUGGGGCCGAUGAUGAACUUAGUCUUGCAUCUGAGGGUGAAGCUGCUGAGCUGGCUGGGUCGUCAGAAGACGAGGCCGAUGCGGAGUCAUUCGAAGGCCCCGCAAAAGCGCUUUAUCGCAAGGAGACAAUCACAAUUCAUGCGCGCCUUGCAUUUGUGGACUUCAUGGGCUUGCAUGAUAAGCGCAGUCUGGAAAUGCUGAUCCCCUUGAUCCAGCCGCAAAAACUCAUUCUGGUUGGUGGCAUGAAGGACGAAACCCUGGCUUUGGCGGAAGAGUGCAAGAAGCUGCUCACAGUCAAAGCAAGCCCCGAUGCUUCGACCACUAGCACUGACGCUGCUGCGAUCAUUUUCACCCCUGUGAAUGGAGAGGGCAUUGAUGCCAGUGUCGACACGAAUGCCUGGACUGUUAAAUUGAGCAACAGUCUCGUAAGACGCCUGCAUUGGCAACAUGUUCGAAGUCUCGGUGUCGUGGCGCUCACGGCGCAGCUUCGAGCGCCGGACAGCUCUGCAGACCACCAAGGGUCCGAUGCGGACCCCGCCGGGAAGAAGAUCAAGUUGGCAGGCGAUCAAGCAGCAGGGUCUGCAGAGAUUCCCUCGACCGGGGUUCCCGCAGCUGGCGCAGAUGACCGGGUUGUCGAGAAAACGGACUUGGUUCCCCUGCUUGACACUUUGCCGGUUAGUAUGGCAGCUGGUACAAGGUCUAUGUCGCGUCCUCUUCACGUCGGCGAUCUCCGGCUCGCCGACCUGCGGAAACUCAUGCAAGCGGCCGGUCACACCGCGGAGUUUCGAGGUGAAGGAACGCUUCUUAUCGACAAGUCAGUGGCGGUGCGCAAGUCGGGUACCGGUAGGAUUGAAGUCGAGGCUGCUGCUCAAGCCGCUGCAAACCAGGCGACCUUGGGCCGAGGUGCCGGAAGCUUCUUGGCUGUGAAGAAAAAGAUAUACGAAGGUCUGGCUGUCGUUUCAGGAAACUAG